AUGCUAAUGAGGAAUAUCAAUCAACGAGAAGGUCUUUGUAAUGGAACACGUUUGAUUGUUACACAAUUAUUACCAUCUGUGAUUGAAGCUUCCAUAAUAACAGGAAUAUCUAUUGGGAAAAGGGUGUACAUUCCAAGAAUAAAAUUUGUACAUAAUACCUCUGACCUACCUUUUAUAUUUAUCAGAAAACAAUUUCCUCUUAAAGUGUGUUAUGCAAUGACUAUAAACAAAAGUCAAGGCCAAUCUCUUAAAAAGGUAGGUUUAUACCUCAAAAACUCUGUUUUCACACACGGACAACUAUAUGCGGCUUUGUCAAGAGCUACCUCACCAGAUUCGAUAAAGAUUCUACUACAACAAGAAGAUACAUUACCAUUCAAUUGUACCAGAAAUGUCGUCUUCAAAGAUUUGUUAGCAAGAGUUAAUAUGCAAGAGGUUAUUACACCACAUUUAUGUUUUCAAAUCAGUCUAAUAGCUAAGAUAAUUCUAUUACCCAAAAUCCCAUCUUUUCUACCAGUUUUGCAAUUAUACUUAGAAGCAAUCUCCUCAAAUAUGGAAAGAAUAUCAAACCUCCACUUUGGCUCACCAGGAAAUUCACUUGAAGUCCGUGUCUUACGAAAAUGGACACUACAAUUCAGAAAGGAUGAGACAUGGUUUAUCGUGAUUGAUGAGCAUGGAGAUACAAUUCAGCUACUUGCUCGAAAGACAAAUCAAGGAUCGAUACAAACUUCAUUAUUAGUCACUCGAUGUUAUCGUAUUAAGGACUAUACAUGCACUGAGCCAGACAAAUAUCAGAAGGUCUUAGAUCACCCAGUACACAUGAAUAUUGGUGAAGCAUCAACAAUUGAGGAAAUACCAAAUCGCAAUACACUUCCACUAACAUGGUUUCGCUUUAGUCCAAGAUCACACUUUCAAAUGAUAGCAGACAAAAACUUAGAGCAUCUAGAUUUCAUAGGGGUACUCAUCAACAUGAAAGAUCGAAAAAAAAAAAAAGACAAGGAACCAUUCAUGCUUAUGACUUUAACAGAUGAAAAUGUGGAGGAGAUUACCAUACUCUUAUGGAAGGAAUGCAUAGAUUCGCCAGACAAAUUCAAUCGAAAUGCCCUUACAUCAAACUCUAACACAGUGGUACUCGCUUUCACCAAUCUCAAAUCCACUAUGUACAAUGGACAAUUAACAUUGACAAGCAGCAGCGCAACACACAUGUACGUCAAUCCCAAUUUACCAGAAACGGACACACUCAUUACAAGAUUUGGUACCCAAUUUCACUCAAAAUCAUCACCAAAUGUGAUAAAUACUACAUUACAACGAUUAAAGAGCUCAGAUUUCUCUCAAAUAAUGGACAAUGUAUAUGUUAUAAAGACCAUACUAUCUGAUUUCACAUUCAAAGAUGAAUGGUACCACGUUACAUGUACCACAUGUGGUAAAUCAACACACAAAAAAGGUGAUGGAGGAUAUAAAAUCUCAGCAGUACUCACAGACAAUACAGAUACCACAACAAUUUUCAUGUCUAAUGAAGCAACCGUUAGUCUGCUAAAUGCAACUGCACAAGAAAUCAUAGACGGCUUUCCCAGUCAAGAUAGAAAAACUUUACCUAAACCACUCGAACGUUGUAAAGGGUUGACAAAGAAUGUCUAUGUAGAAUGCACAAAACUUUCUUCCAUCAAAAAUAUCCGUUUCAUAGUCACCACAAUCAAAGACAUAAAAACACCACAACCAACAAUAUUAUCAACACAAAAAACACAAACUACACGUUCAACACCAAUGGAACAACAAACCACAACAACUAUGGAGUCCCUCACCCCUACUAAAUCACGUGAAACUGGAAAACACCUCCAAAUGGAAGAUACAUCUUCAUCGACUUCUUCCAAUCAACCUCUUCCAACAUCUCCACAACAUCUCUUCCGCUGCACUGCCUGUAUACCAGCACCGUCUGUUCCCCGUCUUCAUCUUCUCUGUCUCUUGAUAAAUAUCCUUUCAUUCACAUGGGCUUCACUUUCUUCUUGCUUCUCACCGCCUAAUCUUCUCCACCUAAUCACCGUCGAUUUCAUACAACCGACCGGCUACAAAGAACAUCAACGGUCCAUCAGGCUACCCCUAAAAAUCACCAUUCACGCCUUUAGAGAUAUACGUCUCCACCGAUCUUUCAGCAGUUGUUGUCGAUUGUAUCUGAAGCUUUCCUGA